CAGAAUAAUGCCGAACACUUUCUACGAUGAACCUCGCGGCGGUCGUGACAAAGCUCACCAAGCAGAACAUUGCCCUUCAAGUGAAAUUGGAGCGGCUAAAGAAGCAACCGAAUCAUGCACUUCUAGAGGGCAAUCAACUGGAGGCGGCGACCCAGCAUACCGACCUCACGUGGGUAGGAUCAUCACUCCAAACCCAUGUCCACGGGGAAGAGGAGAGCAAACGGCGCAGGCUACGGUCGCUCGUGCGCAAAAUAUGGUUUCAACAUGCACUGCAGUCGUGCAAAGCGUUUGUACUGUGGAAAGAACGUACAACUUUCCGACCACCGCCGACGGCAUCUCCUGAACCCGUCGCGAAGGCGGUAACCCUUGUCGUCAACCCCUCACCUCUGCGACGGCGAGCCUCGUCCGCCCAAAUCACAAGUGUCGUUCAGCCCCACUACUUGCCUAAAGCGUUGAAGUCACGUCCGAGUACUUCCACGAAUGUAGUGCACCAGAGCUCUCAAACUUGCCACCCGAUGCCCACUUCGACCCUCGUUCUGCCGGCAUCACAUGUUCCAACUCGCUCUCCCGCCCCGCGCAUUCCUUGGAGCUCAAGCACCGCAUGCAUCCCUUCAGCAUCUACACCAAACGUGCUCAAGGCCACUAGUAUGUCCUUUGAUUCUACCACACAUCCACCACCAACAUGUUUGCCAGCGCACCUCCACAAACCUCGAACUCUUGCUCAUGGGUUGUCGAUGCCGCUGAUUCCACCAUUGAUUCCCCCCGAGCCUUCCUCUGGCCGACGGAUUCAAGUGACCAUUGUCACCACGCCCGUAGCUCCCACAUCAAGGCUCUCUCAGCAUCCUGGCGGUCCUCAGCCCAAGACUCCCCCCGCACUUCCCAAGGCCAUCGCCCUUCGCCGCCCAUCCCGACGGCACACGUUUCCAACCACCCCGCUUGACUUGUAAACAACCAAACAUGGCCAACUUGGGUAUACUGUAUAUCACGAAUCUCAAAUGUCGCUUGUUCAGCUUACCA